AUAAAUUGUGGGAGAAUAAAGCAAGUGCACUGUAAAUGUGAAAGAGAAUACAAUUUUUGGGUAAGUUUUAAAUCUUAGUCAGUGUCAGAAUAAUUUUUAUAUUAUUAAGUUAAAUAUUAUAAGUAAUUUUGUGACAAAGAAUAUAGGUAAAUUGUACAGUAAGACAGGUGAAGGUGUAUAAUGUAGGACACCUUUACAGUGUAAUUACCUGCUCGUCCAAGGUGUCAUUCAACCCACUUUUACCUUUGUGUGUGUACAUUAUAAUCUAUUUAAAUGUUUUUUUUUCUUUGUGUUGGAAUUAAGUGCAGGAUUUCAUUUAAUGAGGCGUGGUAUCAAUAUAUAUGAAUGGACACAAGUUUAGCUGUGUAUAGACAGGUUCCCUUACACUUCAUUGGUGGUAUAAAAAUUUUAAUUAAUUCAGAAAAUUAAUUACAGUUCUCGUUAACCUCCUGUCUACAUAAAAGUUGUAGCUCAUUAAUCUUGGCUGAAGGGGAUGUUUAUUUACUGGAUUUGUUUACUGGACAAAGAAAUCACCUGUGGGUUAUGCCACAUAUAACCACGCGGUUUAUUUAUUUAUGUGAGUGAAGUGGAUUAAUCUGUGUUUACUUGUGGGUUGUCACACGGCCAGAGAGCCUACUGUGUAUUGGUUCUGUGGUGAUGAUAUAAUGGGAGAUAAUCCAGACCAAGUUAAUCCUGAUCCUCCACGCGAGGAACCAAGUCUGGAAGUGGACAACUCGGUCACUCUGGCGCCUUACUCCUCUAAGAAGAUGGAGGAGAAUAUGGAUCUUCCUGUGGAUGGGGACGUGCUGCGGGAUGAGGUCAACUUCAUUCACAAUGUGUCACAGUUCUUUAACCAGGAGGCACUGAGUGACGUACAACUAAAGGUUGGAGAGAGCAUUUUCUUUGCUCACAAAUUUGUCUUGGCAAAGUCUAGUGAUGUGUUUCGAACCAUGCUCUACGAGAGUCGCUGGUCUCAGGAAAACAUGAAGGAAAUCGAACUCAGCGAAACAAAAGAGUGCCAACCUGUGUUUGAAAAGUUCCUGAGAUUUCUAUAUACAGCUGAAGUUGCAGUUACUGUGGAAACAGCUGUAGGGAUUUUGUGCUUGGCAGACAAAUAUAAUGUCACCUCCCUAAAACGACUGUGCACCAAUUACAUGGUGGAGUAUGCCCGAUCUCCAGAAAUUAAAAACGCUGUGCAGUGGUAUCCCUGGUCAAAGGCUCUAGGACUGACAGACUUGAUUGAUCAGUGUGCAAAAACAAUAGCCUGGAACUCCGACAACUUACUGAAACUUGAGGAAUGGAAGUCCAUGGAUUUUGAUUUCGUGUUUGACAUGCUGAAGAACUCAGAACUGGUCAUUCCCAAUGAGUAUGUGCUGUUUAAUUCACUCCUCACCUGGUUAAACCAUGAGGCAAACCUCCCACAACUGAAAGAGAACGCAUCAAAGUUGCUCCCCUUGAUUCGGUUUCCUCAGAUGAUGGUCAAUCAGUUAUACGAGAUAGAAAACUCUGCGAUAUCGGAGAAUGAAGAGUGUAAGGACCUAAUUCUUGCUCUGGUUGGAAAAGCCUACAGAUUCCGAUCCUUGUGUCCUACCCAGACAGAGCUAAAUAUCUCCUUCAGUGAUCCAUUUUACUUGCCGAGAAAUUACACGGACUUGGCAGUGGAUACUGUUAGAAUGCAAAACACGCUACGCUUUGGAAUUCAGGUGGAUGUGAGGACUUACGCAGGACCAGUACCAACAGAUAAACGAGAAGGAGAGUGGAAAAUCACGUAUCGAAAAAAUGGGGACAACUGGACACUCCAGAUCUUCUGCCACGAUUCAGCGACGGUGAAUGGAGAGGCGAGGGUCCAGGCAGCUGUUAUCGUGUUCGAUGAAGAGGAAAAUGUCAUUCAAGUGGAGCAAGUCCCCACUUACACCUGUUCCCGUGGUAACCAUCUGGCCUUGAACAUCAAUGUGGAUAAUUUUGCCGACUCCAAAAUUAUGGCUGUCAUUCUAAAACCAGUGCCAGUCUGACUUAUUUAAUGACGUGUCAUUUUACUACAUGGUAUUGGUCCUUUUUAUUCUCCAAGUUAUUAACUGUAUCAAGGUGGAAAUUCAUGGGCAUCUUACGAUAUUUAUAUUGAUCAUGUAUUUACAUGUAUAACUAUGGUGUUAGAUUAUAUGGCAUAAAAUCAUGUGGAUGCUUUGGGUAUUUUUGUGCAGUAUUACUAUAAAAUUUGGUAUUAUUUAUUUGACCAUAUGUGAUGGUAUUAUAAUAUAGACUCAUGACAAUCAAGGAGUGUCUUUCAUGCGCUGUAUUAUAUAGUGUAAUCCGAUAGGUCAACUAAAACAAACCAAAAAUUUAGACUUGAAAACCAGACCUUGUAUACUAAUGUCGAAAAGAAAUACUUGUAGUGGAAUGAGCUGCAUUUUAAUGACAUUACAUUAUAUAGGUGUUAUGGUAUUUUAGGCUGGAAAAAAUCCUAGCUUCCAGUUAACGAUACUGUAAUGAGGUGUUACAUAAUUUUGGAAGAACAUGAUACACCCUUUGAAUCAAUAUGCAGCAUGUGAACCUAUAAUGCACUGUGUAAUCAAUACACUGCAUAUAUCAGUACUGCUCUUUAAAUGUUCCACGAUAAAAAACAAAACCUCUGGUGAUCAUCCAAUCAAUCACUGCACUACCAAUUAAACCCCGGUAUAUAUGUACAGUUAAACUUCGUUAUUUUGAAAUUACUGAUAAUCUUAGACAUCUGGGUGGAUGACUUUUUUCUGUCUUUUAGGCUUGCAUUCUUGAAUCCGACAGUAUCUCAAAAUUAUAUCUUGGGUAUGAUGAUUUCAAGAUAAUAAGGAUUUACUGUACAUGGAUUACUAUGAAGAAUAUCAAAAUACUACCAGGUGCAUGUCAAGUUUUAAUUAUUCCCCAAUUUGUAGCAAAUUCUGUUAUCCUGAAUAAUUUGAAUAUUAUGUUGUGGUUCAUUAUAGAAUAUAGAUUAAUAUUACUAGUUUCUUUGUUGUGGUGCAUAGUGUUAAUCAUUUUAAUUUAUUCAGUUUCUUUGUUGCAAUCUGUACAGUUAGCUGCAGGAUUUAAUUUUUAUGAUAAUUUGGUUUGUAGAUAUAUGCAUUUUUUACUUUUUGUUGUCCAAUUUGAUUUUCAAAGAAUAUUGAGUCUACCAGUUUGUCUUCUUUACGUUAUUUCCCUUUGUCUAUUAAGUUAUGUUUACAUUUAUGAUUGUUGUCUUAUUAAGGAUUUCAAAAUGUUUUAUAAAGAAAGUGUUGUUUCCUCAUGAACACUGUCUUGACAUCAACUUUGCAUUAAAAAUCAAAAAAUCUGAAGUUAAUAGUGAAUUCAAUUUUCCUCUUACAAUGAAGAUUUUAUAAAGCUGUUUGGUUAAUUGUUUUUUUUAAGCACUUGAACUUUUGUACACUAAUUGAGUCCCAGUUUACAUAUGGGAGGUUGCAAUCUAUUUAAUUUAUAUUUUGUUUUAAAUUAUUAUAAAUGUAAGCAUCUUAUACUUGAUAACAAUGAUAUUGUACUUAUCAGGGAUUUGUUAAAAUAUAUUGUUAUUUUACAGUUUGCUGUAGUUAAAUAAAAGUA